ACGCUAUCAAAGGUUGAAAUGUGCUUCUACCCCGUUUUCGCCAUUGACACAAGGUGAAAAUGCCGCGGAGAAUUCAAGUUAGGUGGGUGCAGCGCUUGGCAACGUAAAAUGGCCGCCGAUGGCUUCAUUUCUCCUGGCGUCAAGUUGGCGACAUUGUUGGUCCAUUCAUAUAGAAGUCGUGUGCGCUCGCGUUUUCUUUUAUUUUUAGGCCGCAAGAUUCCGAGACCGCUUUGCUCGUCUAUUUAGCGACAGAACGAGACACAAAACUAAAACAUUGUCGGCCCGGAACACGUCGCUGGACACGACUUCCACUUUUGCGAUCGAAUUUCGCAGGCGACGAGGUACGGCUGGUCCACCGCUUCCGGCCUCUCAGGCCCGACGUCGACUUCUGCUCACGGCCGCCUUGUGCGCACUCAUUUUCUUGGGAGAGUCGCUGCAAUGGACCGAACUGUCACAGUGGAGCACUACAAGGCGGCCAUGUUGCUGAGUGGUGCAGGUGAUGCUCUGGGCUACAGGAACCAGCAGUGGGAGUACAAUGAGUCUGGAGCAGCCAUUCACAAGGAGCUGGAGGAGCUGGGCGGGCUCAAGAACAUCAAGGCCGAGCUGCCCGAUUGGCCCGUGAGCGACGACACCGUCCUGCAUCUGGCCACGGCCGAGGGACUCGCCACUGGCAAGGAAGGGGAAGAGCUUCUGCAUGAGGUGGCCGCUCGCUAUGUGGAGGGGAUGAAAGACAUGGAAGGCAGGAAGCCGGGACCCUCAAGCAUUCAUGGAGUGUCCCAGCUGAGGCCCGGGGAGGAAGGCGGCUACCGAGUUGCGUACAACCCGGAGGGGACGGGCUGCGGAGCCGCAAUGAGAUCCAUGUGCAUCGGGCUCAGAGACAGUGAAAUAGACCAGAGUCAGCACAGCGAUGCCAGCGCGUCACUCGGCGCCGAGUCCGAGCGCGACGCUCAGCCCCCGGAGGAGCUCGAGGACGCGGAAGAGACGGGUGACGCCAAGGCCAUCGGGGAGCUCAAAGGCUACCUCCACAACUGCGAAAAGUUUUAUAUCUUUUCAAAGUUCUUGAAAAGCGAAGGCGAGGGCAAGAAGAAAGUGCACACCGGCUCGGCCAAGUGCAUGCAGCCCGGCUGUAAAAACAAAGGUGUGACCUACACCUCAAUUUCCAGGGCCCAUCUAAGGGCGCACUAUCAAACCGUGCACCCUGGAAAGAAGUCGGCGCUCACAGCUGCGCUGGCCGGAAACAGCAAGCGUGGCCAGCGCACAAAGCAUCCCUCCAAGAAGCGCCGGCUGCCCGCGGAGGAAUCUCGUGGAGAAACGUUCAGCCAGGAGCAGGCCAGGCAGAUGUUCACAAGGUGGUUUGUGGAGACACUUUCGCCCCCCAGCCUUUGUGAACACCCCUACACCAGGGAGCUGUUUGCCUACCUCAAUCCCGAGUUCCAGCUCAUGUCCCGGCGGACGCUGGCCAGGGACCUGGACGAGCUGAUGGAAAAGGCCAAGCUGGAGGUCAACCAGCUGCUGUCCAAGCAGCAGUGGCUGGCAACCACCGCCGACAGCUGGACGGUGCACCACCGCGCCUUCCUGGGCAUGACUGUGCACUGGAUCGACAGGCUCAGCCUGAAGAGGAAGAAGGCAACUCUGGCAUGCAGGGAGUUGAAGGUCGGCCAGACACAUCAGCUCCUGGGGGAAGCCAUCCAUGAGGUCCACCGGGAGUUUGGCAUUGUCGAGAAAGUGGUAGCGACCACCACGGACAAUGGCGCAAACUAUGUCGCGGCCUCCAAUGCCUUUGGGGAAUCGGAGGAGAGGGGGGAGGUUCAAGAGGAAGAAGAGGGGGAGGAGGAGGAGGAGGAGGAAGUGACAGGGCAGCCCGGCGACGUUCAGGGACAGCUAGACGACGAGGACAUUGACGCCGAGCCUCAGAUCAAUCUGCCACCCCACCGCUGCUGUAGCGCGCAUACGUUGAACCUCAUGGCGACCACCGACAUCAGGGAGGUCAAGGGCUGGAGCAAGGGGGACACUCCUUGGCGCCGGGCAAGCACCAAGGCCCGGCGCCUCUGGAACCUCCAGAACCGGAGCCCCACCGCCGCCAGUCAGAUCAAGGAAGCCGUCAAGAGGAAGCUGACCACCCCCGUUGCAGUGAGGUGGAACUCCUACUUGAACAGUGUGAAGGUGCUGUUGGAGGUGAUGUCUUUGCCUGAGCAGGUGGAGGCCAUCAACAACAUCAUAAUUCAUCACAACGCGGGAGUAGCGCUUCAAGAUCAGGACAUUAAGGUCCUGACAGAGUACAGGGACGUCAUGAAUCCUGUGGCGGACACCCUGGACAGCCUGCAGGGCGAGGACAACGCCUACAUGGGCAUCCUCCUCCCGACGCUGCUGGUCUUGAAGAGGUGGCUGCUGCAGCACCAGCAAAGGGGUGAGCUGCAGUAUGCAGAGCCCCUGGUCCAGGCCCUCCUCAGAGGAUUUGACAAAAGGUUUGGCUUCCUCUUUGAAGACCAAGACCUGCUCAUGGCCUGUGCCCUGCACCCAUCCUUCACCCCUGCUGUCCUGACAAGGAUCGUCUCCAGCCAAGCUGACGCCAUCAAGGGCAGGAUCCUGAGGGAGCUGAAGGCCAUGGUGCGCCCUGGGGAGGAGGAGCAGCAAGAGCAACAGCCAAUACAGGCCCAGUCUGACGUAAAGAGCCACCAGGACAUGGUUUUCAAGGAACUGUUUGGCACUGACCAGGAGGUGAUGAGCCAGGAUGUGGACCUGGUGUUGAGGGCCAGCAUGCAGGACUGGAAACCCCGGCGUGAAGCCCUCUCCUGGGCCCUCUUCCCCAAGGAGCACCGUGAGGCGUGGGUGGACUUGUUCAUCAAGUACAACACCCCUCUGCCAAGCUCCGCUGCCGUUGAGAGGAUGUUCUGCAUCGCUGGCGACAUCCUCAGGCGCAAGAGGGCCGCCCUGGCCAGCCACAACUUUCAGAAGCUGGUUUUCCUCAAGGGGAACAUGUCCCUGUUGGGAUACCCCAGCUACCAAGGGCAGUUCGGGGGGGGAGAAGUAGAAGGAGAAGCUGUUGUAUUAUAAGAUUUUUAUUGUAUUUCUUUUUUGUAAAGUGGUCCAAACUGUUUCUAAAUGAAUACAACUGUGCUGUUGUUA